AAGUUUUUUUUUUACUCGACACCCCUAACUUGCACUGUUCAUAUUAGAGGGGUCCGGACCCGUGAGAGUCCCGUAAUUGUAGCGCGUAACUUUAUAAAUAUUUUCUCUUUAUAUAAUUGCUGAUGUCAAGAUCCAAAGCUAGUGGAAAAAAGACAAAACACACGCGCGUCGCACAGUCCCGCAUAGUUCGUUUACUUCACUUCCCUGUUCUCGCAAAACCCCUCUCUCUCUCUCUCUCUCUCUCUCUCAAGUGACCUCGAUCAACCAUGGAAGUCUCAAUCCUAUUCAACAAGCUCAGGUACCUCUCGAACUCUCACUCCCACUCCCUAUGCUCACUCUUAUCUCACUCCCCAUACCCGUUUCUUUCUCCUAAAAUCUUCGUCUCUCCUAAACCCUCACCAAUUUUUUGUUUCAGUUCCGAUCAUUUUAACACAAAAUCCACUUCUAGUUAUCCAUAUCCAUUUAUUUCUUCGACUAGGUCAUCCUCUUUUUCUGCUGUAACACACCCAUUUCCUCAAUCUUCACGGGCUUUAGAUUUCUAUGGAUACAGCAAUACCAGACAUAGGUUCCAAAUUUCGAAUCUAGGUUUGCUUAGAAAUUAUUGUAAUAGGUGUUUUCGUUCGUUUUCGGUUUCAACUGAGUUAGAAACAAUGAAUUCGAAUGAAAAUGUAAAAUUUGGAAAAAUGGGUAUUAAUGGGAUUAGGCCGAAUGCGAUUCGAAAGGAAGUUUUGGAAAUGAUUACCGUGAUUAUGAGGGAUGAGAAUGAUUUGGAGCUCAAGUUGGAUUCAAUGAAUGUGAGUUUAUCUAUUUCUUUAGUUACUGAGAUUUUUCGGGUUUUGAAUUGGGAAAGAGUGUCCGCCUUGCGUUUCUUUGCUUGGAUUAGAAGUUCGCGGCCCGAUCUUCAUUGUAAUUCGGAUGUUUGUAGUUUGGCUAUUGAUAAUUGCGGGUGGUUAGAUGAUUACAAGGCCAUGCUUUGCAUUCUGAAUGAAUAUAAGCUGAAACGAAUUUGUCUGACCAAAAUGGCAUAUGGAUUCUUACCCGUUUUCGUUUCAAACAAGGAUUCCAUUAUGCGUUCUGUAAGAAGAGUUGUGGAGGUGCUGAAUGAAGUUGGCGGGUCAUGUCGAACCUCCGGGGUUCACUCGUUGAUUGAAAUGCUCAGCAGUUUGGGUUCCUUUGAAGUGGCUAAGUUUGUGAUGGAAAUUACUGAGAGGAAAACAGGUUAUUACAACAUUUUGAUUAAGGAGAAGUGUCGGAGAUGUGAUUUCAAAGGAGCCAAGGAAAUACUUGAUGAGAUGAGGCAAAUGGGUUGUGAUCCAAUUGUCAACACUUACAACUACCUACUUAGUAGUUUAUGUAGGAGUGACAAAACAGAUGAAGCUUGCCAACUACUUGAAGAAAUGCAAGAAAGGAAUUGUCUUCCAAAUCCAUUAACCUUUGAGAUUUUCAUUUAUCACUCGUGUAGACUUGGGAAGAUCGAUCUUGCACCCGAGUUUCUUGAUAGGAUGAUUUCAAAUGGUCUUGAACCUCGUCUCACCACACACGCUGCCUUAAUUAAAGGUUACUUCAAUUCAUUGAGAUAUGAGGAAGCACACAAGUAUGCGGUUGACUCAAGUGUUAAGCAUAGGUGCUCUAGCAAUUCACUUUACAGUUUGCUUGCGAGCCUACAUCGGAAGAAAGGAAACGUUGUUGUUGCCCAGAAUAUUAUACUCGAAAUGAUUACAAAGGGUCUUAGACCAAACUUUGCAGUGUAUAUGAGAGUUUUGAAGCACCUACAGAAGUCGGGCAGGGAUGACUUGGCCAGAGACUUAAAGACCAGGUUUUCUAGUUUGAGUUUGCCGUCAAGUACAGAAACUCAAUGAUUUUGUUCAGUGAUUCUAGUAAUUGAAUGAACAAGCUGUGAAGCUCAAGAGGCUUUUUCAUGCAAGACGCUGCUAAAAAAGAUCUCUAUCUCAGAUGCUGGAGUUCUCUUCAGGCUCUCAUUCCGAUUUAUCGCAAUUUCCAAACGAGGUUCGUUCCUUUUCGCAACCUUUUCCAUGAAUUCCUAAAUUCCGUGCAAAUACAUUCGGUUGCAUAGGCCCAUCACAGAUUGCCCAAGUUUCACUUUUAUCGCCAACUUGGCAUCUUGGGUCUGCAUUACAAACAUUCAGAAGUCAGGACUCAGAAUCACAGUGCAUGCGCUCACUCAUCUGUGCCGACAAUAACCAGAACAUGACAUGCCAUAAAAUCUUGUGCAUACGCGGGCAAUGUUUCUCCGGAGUAAAUAUCAGUCACCAAAUACUCUUAAGAUGGUUAGUCUUAACCUUAAACAGUAUAUAGUUCCAGUCAAGAAAUUAGAAGGGGAAUUGUAAUCGGAAAGGGAACAAUAUACCUUGGUUCUCUUCGAGUAUGUAUCAGCUCUACAGCCCUCGAUAAUGCUACCUGAAAUUAUUGAUUACAUUGUUUUUGUGAUGCUGGAUUUAUUCAUGAGGAGAAAGGCAAAAACAAAAGAAAAUUGCAGAAUUUUGACACAUGGACAAGUGAUUAUGCAAUUCAGCAUUUAAUCAUGCUCAUUGAGAAAUAAAAUCGUGGUCCUAAUACUCUGCAUUAAUUUCCUUAGGCUAAGCAGACAAAAUAGAAAUUGGGAGAGAUAUAUGACCCUAGGAACCAGUUUUGGAUUCGGAGCAUUGUUAGUACUGGACAAAUUAGUUGAGGCAGAUUUGAAUACUUUUCCAAGCCCAGUAUUCCUUUUGUCUUCUCCCUGCACAAACACAAAAUAAAAUGCAUAAUCUAGGUACUCAAUAUCUAUGACGAACAGAAAGGCCAUUAAUUAUCAAAAAGCAAAACCAAACAUGGUUGGUUUCACAGAAUAUUCACGAUUUAGGCGUUAAUCUUGGACAUAAUAAAGACUCGAGUGUUAUUAGAGAUAAUAUGAUAGUUACCGUGAACCUUUCAAAUAAAAAAACACAUAUGAACGCCCAUGGCUAGGGGAUUACCUUUUUCUGCAGUCCUUGGACAUAAUUCUUGUGCCCAAAUUCAACUCCAUAAUCUUGAUUCAAGUUGCUCUGAAUGGGAUGGUUUGUUAACCUUUCAUAUUUUCAAACUAUUAGUAUAUCCACACAAGCAACAAAAUCAGAAAAAUAAAAACUGAUGGAGAUAUCUGAGGAAAACUAGCGUGCGGGAUAUAAUAGUUACAUGACGUUUGAUCUCUGGUUCUUAGAUGCUCCACGCUUGGGUCUCAUUUGGCUUACACUAGGCUCUAAGGUCUUUCUACUAUCUCCAUCACAUCUCCUGAACAUAAUCCAAGUUGACAUUCACAAUUUGUGAGAGAGAGAGAGAGAGAGAGAGAGAGAGAGAGAGAGAGAGAGAGAGAGAGAGAGAGAGAGAGAGAGAGAGAGAGCCGACCUCCUGCUGUCUAGAGCCGGCUUUCCCAAGUGGUCAGUAAUAGCACUCUCCUUUGUAAUGCCCUGCAUAUAUAGGUGCCCAUGACCAACAAGGCAAACCAUCAGCAGAAGAGCGAGUUGAGAAUCCAAUAUGAGUAUAACAAAGAUAGUGUACCUUAGUGGAUCGUGCGUGCAGUGGCAACUUUGUUGGUAACUUCUCUAACAACACUUUGGAAGUUGAAUUUGCCUUCACCUGACCAGCAUUACAAACAGAAGAUUUCACUGACAUCUCCCUUGCUAAUGAAUUGUGCAGAACAGUGGCAAUGGAGCGUACUUCAGCCCUUUGUUUAUGGGAAGAAACAUAGUUGUUGACUUUUGCAUGCUGAGGUGUACCCUUUCUUGAAACAAGACCAUCAUCUCUCUUGCUGGUAAUAUCGUGAUGAAGGGAUGGCUUCAGCUUCUCAGAUGGCUUAACAGCUCCUUUUGUAAUUUUGCAGUCCAAAUGCGUUUCAUUUCCUCCAGAAGAAUCUGUUGCCUGGAAGAAAUAACAACUAAAAACUGAGUGACAGAAAAACACCCAUCUAAUGCAUAUUGAUAAUGCAAACUAUAGUGAUCUAACCACAAAUGCAACAAAGACAAUCAUCACUGUGAGUCUAAAAAUACCAGGAAGGUUUCAUUUUUUGGCAGAA